AUGCCGCGCGACCUGUCAAGGUCGCCGCCGCGCCGGCGCCGGCCGUCGCCGUCCCCGCUUCGCCGCGGACCGGGCUACAGGGAGCGCGUGCCCAGCCGCAGCAGGUCCCCUUAUCGCUCCUCCUAUAGAAGGAAGAGCCCUUCACCUUCCUCUCCCAGGAGGCGCAGGAGUCCAUCCCCAUCGAAAAUCCAUUACAAAAGAAAGAGAAGUCCGAGUGUCACUGGUUCUCCAGUUGCCAAAUCGAGUCCCCAUCUCGGAUCUACAGAGAAUAAGAAUGUCGUUGAUAAGCAAAGGCUAGAAGAAGAAAAGAAAAGGCGUCAAAAAGAAGUUGAACUAAGGCUAUUAGAGGAGGAAACUACAAAAAGAGUUGAGCAAGCUAUUAGGAAACAAGUUGAGGAUAGUUUGAAUUCUGAGGAAAUCAAACAUGAAAUACAGCGUCGAAUUGAUGAAGGGCGAAAAAGGAUACAUGAGGAGGUAGUUGCCCAAAUUGAGAAAGAGAAGGUGUCUGCCUUGGUUGAAGCCCAACGGAGAGCGGUAAGGGAACGUGAGAAGAAAGAGCGAGAAGAGCUAGAGAAGAAGCUCGAAGAGGAGCGAAACAAAGCAGAGGAGGCUCAGAUGAAGGUAGCCAUGGAGCAGCAGCAGAAAGAGCUGGAGCGGUACCAGGAGCUGGAGAGGCUUCAGAAGGAGAGGGAGGAAGCCAUGAAGCAGAAGCAAAUGGAGGAGCAGCAGCAGAAGCAGAACCAGAUUAAGCUGCUGGGCAAGAACAAGUCGCGACCAAAGCUGUCGUUCUCUUUUGGGAUGAAGUAG